CUGUAUAAAUCACAGACGGCGGCAGACACAGACAAACACCGACGAUGGCACGAACCAAGCAGACAGCGCGUAAGUCGACCGGCGGCAAAGCCCCCAGGAAGCAGCUGGCCACCAAAGCUGCCCGUAAGAGCGCCCCCGCCACCGGCGGCGUGAAGAAGCCUCACCGCUACCGGCCCGGUACCGUGGCUCUGCGAGAGAUCCGCCGCUACCAGAAGUCCACCGAGCUGCUGAUCCGGAAGCUGCCCUUCCAGCGCCUAGUCAGGGAGAUCGCUCAGGACUUCAAGACCGACCUGCGCUUCCAGAGCUCCGCGGUCAUGGCUCUGCAGGAGGCCAGCGAGGCUUACCUGGUCGGACUCUUCGAGGACACCAACCUGUGCGCCAUCCACGCCAAGAGAGUCACCAUCAUGCCCAAAGACAUACAGCUGGCACGACGCAUCCGCGGAGAGAGGGCCUAGACUCAACACACACACACUGCAAACUAAAGGCUCUUUUCAGAGCCACACACACCAUCCACAGAGCUCACAGCCUACACACACUGUCCACACACUGCCCUCAAUAUAGUAUGUAGUCCACAUGUGUGACAGGUUCAGUUUGUCUGGAUCACUACACUAUAAAUCACUAUUAUAAACUAAAACUCUUGUCAUAGCAUCACAUAGUUUGACUGACUGGGUGGAUUCACUUCAAUAAUUUGAAUUAGUGUCACACGGCAGGAACAGCAUCAACACUCUGACUUCUUCAAACAUCUUAACAAGCUGCACUCUGCUGCUCCACCUUCUGUCCAAUCACUCAAACUCUUCCCUGCACAACAUUACAAGCUCUUCAGUGUGUACAGCACGUGACCUCAGCAGAACCCUCAGCUCACCUGGACUCAGAUCCAGGUUCUGGGCCUGUAAACCAGCACACCAUGACUGGACUCUAGUUCCUCUGAGCCAGAGCAGCUCUUCACACUCUUUGUACACACUGCAACAAGUUUCCUUCUAAGGACACACUGUUUUUAUGACCACAUGUCCUGCAGCCUCAUUUACACACAGCAAACUUAUUCAUUACUUAUUUCUAUAUUUACAGCUUUUCUGUAUUUCUCUAAAGAUUCAUUAACGCUGCUCAGGACCUGGUUAUUUAAUCACCACAGUGAUGUUAACUAAUAACUGACGUAUGUAUUGGACAGUAGAGAUAACGACAGGUGUAACUUCAGAUGAUCAUGGUUUGUGAAACCUGCUCUGAAGAAGCUCCG